CAUGACUUCGAAUAUAGAUCGUUUAAUUUACAUGUGGAAUAUCAAAAUGAUAUUCGUAAUUUUCCUCAUGUUUUUCACUGUUUCAUAUGCAGACGAUUUAGAAGACAAUUUCAUACAGAAACUGACUUCUGAGGACGAGUUCAAAACGUAUAUUAGUGAUAACAAUUAUGUUUUUGUGGUGUUUGUUGACAGCUUUGACAGAAGUAAGAAUUUCAUGGAUGUGUUCUUCGAGAUAUCUGGAGUGACGCAGGAGAUUGAUGGGGUAAAGAUGGCGCUGGUGAAUCACACUGAGAAUAAAGAGAUAUCGUCACUGUACAAAGUGUCACGUGUGAAGCCAGUGAUCAUGUUAUUCAAAAACAAGAGGCCUCUUAUAUACCAACAUACCAAAGCCGAGGAAAGAACAGCAGAAUUACUCACCCAGUGGAUCAUUUCAAAGAUGGGCAGAGCUGUAAAAACCAUAAAAUCUCCUAAAUUAGCAAAACUUAUAACAGAACCAAACAGAAUAAACGUCAUUGGAUUCUUUAGAGACACAAAAUCGAAAGAAUUCCAAAGCUUGGAGGACGCUGCUUUUGACACGACUGACGUUGGAUUCUACACAGUUCAAGAUGAAUCAAUAUGGCAAGAAAAUGAGAUACAUCAAGACACCAUUGUCCUUUACAACGCAGAGAACAAAGAAAGUCAUAAAUUCAAAGGAGUGUAUGAUGCAGACAAGAUUCAGAAUUUCAUUGCUGUGCACUCGCUAGAUCUCCUUGAACAUUGGAGCAUGGAGACGAAAGACCUCUUCAAGCUAGAUGUUGACUUUCUUGUAGCAUUUUUUCCAUUUGAUAUAAGGAAGAUCACUGCAGUGAAGAAAUUAGCAGAGGACUACAGAGGGUCGGUGGUUUUUGUUUAUGUUGAUACCGUAUUUGCAAAGAAGGUAGCUCCAGCUUUCAAAUUGGUGAAAAUGCCAGUACAUAAUGACACAGUUGCGCUACGAUUUAUACGCAUGUCUGACACUGGUUUGGUAAAGUAUAAACCUGAUGAGGAUGGCUUGGGAGUAGAAGUAAUCAAGGCUUUUAUCGAAGAUGUCAAAGAGGGAAAUAUCGAGCCUCACAAAACAAGUGGAGAGGUUCCAGAAGGUUGGCAAGACAAACCAGUGAAAACUCUUGUGGGAAGCACAUUUGAUCAAGUAGUAAAAGACAGCAGUACACACAGAUUUGUAGAGUUCUUUGCUCCUUGGUGCGGACAUUGUAAGAAGUUGGCUCCAAUAUGGCAAGAGGUUGCAGAGAAGUAUGAACGUGAAGAUAAACUGGUAUUCGCUGCAGUGGACAUGAUGACAAACGAUAUAGAUGUCAAAAUUGCAGGAUUUCCUACAUUAUUAUUCUACGAAGCAGGGUCCAAUGAGCCUAUAUCAUAUAAAGGAGACAGAACAGUUGAAGGGUUAUCAUCGUUCAUAGACAGUUAUAUAAAGCCAUCAAAAGAAGAACUGUGAUCGCACCACGUAAUUUGGAAGUCAUGAAGUUGUCAUUUCAUCGUACAUCAAAACAACCAGUGCAGAAUAAGUGAACACUUUGGCAUUUGGUAUCAUUUGUUUGAAUAAAUAAAUAAGAUCAUUACAUUUAUUUUAAUAUUUUUUGAUAUUUGUAAAGCUCAAACAUGUAAGAUGACCAUAAGCCGAACAAUUUACUACAGAGA